AUGAUAGACGCGAAAAUCGUCAAUUUCGAAGUGCACGAUAUAAGAUUUCCAACAUCGAUGUGGCAUGUUGGAAGCGAUUCGUUGGUAUAUAUAUGCAUUGCAAUAUAUUAAUUUUCUUAAUCAAAAUAUUUGCGCGUGUAUAUUUGUCUUCGAAUUCCACCGUCAGGAUUACAUUUAACAUAAUCAAUUUCCGACAGCAUUCGAAUCCCGAUCAUUCUUGCACGUACGUAAUAAUCCACACAUCAGACACGAAAUAUAAAGGAUACGGCAUUGCAGCCACCCUGGGAAAAGGCAAUGAGUUAGUGGUGCAAACGUGCGAGCUCAUGUUCAGACUCGCAGAGAACCGAACGACCACGGAGAUCUAUUCGAAUUUUGCAGCCUUUUGGAGAGAGUUAACGACUGACGUGGAACUUCGAUGGCUAGGGCCGGAGUGCGGCGUGGUGCACCUAGCUACAGCAGCAAUCGUGAACGCGUUGUGGGAUCUGUGGGCGCGUAUCGAGGAUAAACCCGUCUGGAAGCUGCUUGCGGACAUGAAACCCGAGCAGCUCGUUUCCACGAUCGACUUUAGAUACAUUAGAGACGUGGUGACCGAGGAGGAGGCGAUAGAAAUGCUCAGGGAAAGCCAGGCGCGUAAAGAGGCGAAGGAGACGGAGCUGCAACGCAGCGGGUAUCCGGCGUAUACGGCCGACAUCGGAUGGUGGAGUUUCCGCGACCAGCAAGUCAGAAGUGCCUGCGCGAAGUUUCGGAAGCUCGAGUUCAAGCACUUCAAGAUGUCCGUGGGCCGCACCAUCGCCGAGAGUCAGAAGAGGUGCAGAGUGGUGCGCAGCGUGAUCGGCAAUAAACAUAACAUGCUGCUGGACGCAAAUGAAUUCUGGGACAUGCACGACGUGAUGUACUCUAUGAUAGGCUUCGAGCCGACUCGACCCUCCUGCAUCGAAGAUCCGACGUCCCUUGACGAUGUCGUAGGGUACCCCGAGAUUCUGGCCGCGUUAAAGAAGAUCAAGCAUCCGAUGCAAGUGAGCUGCGGCGAAAUGUGCGCAAACCGCGUGCAGUUCAAGCAAUUCUUGAAAAUUGGCGGAAUCGAUUUCUGGAACGUUAACGUGGGCAGACUCGGCGGCGUUAACGAGGCCCUGGCUGUGUACCUCAUGGCGAAAAAGCAUAAUCUACCGGUAUGGGGCCAUGCCGGCGGCAUUGGCUUGGGCGAGAUGAUCCAACAUCUCCAAAUGUGGGACUUUAUUUGCUUGAGUCAGUCCACGAAUAUGAUAGAGUACACUAGCCAACAGCACGGAUACUUUGAGGAUCCUGUAUUCGUUAGAAAUGCCGCUUACCUACUGCCUAACCGUCCUGGAUUUUCAACCCAGCUCAAGGACAAGUGCAUUGCGCGGUGGUCUUACCCAGAAGGUAUACGUUGGAAGCGUCUGUUUAGCAAUCGUUUAAAAAGAAAAAAAAACGCUUCAGAAACGAACUUAAUUAUGAAACAGGUAGAAAUUGAUGAUAAUACGAAAAUACUUUGCCGAUAAAUCUAAGUUUGAAAUUCUCCGUAAAAAUAUUCUAUACAAAUAUAUAAAAAGAGCACAUAUUUUCUUAUUAAAAUAUUACAUGUAAAACGCAU